UAAUUUCUUCGCAUGCAGCAAGUGGACCUUCCACAGCACCAGCUCCUGUCUGGAAAGCCAGCACUGCUCCCUUGCAGAGGCACGGCACCAACCAGCCUACCAGAACCCUUCAAGGUGCUGGAUUUUCACUUGUUGGCGGUGUCCGUGUCCGUUGCAAGGGAAGCAAGGCUUGGUUCACCUGGGACAGCCUGCCUUCCCCCACUUUCCAUGGCACAAGUGUACCAAGUAGGGGAAAAGCCGAGGGGAGGUCUGCUGAGCCAAUGAUCCCUGGUCGAGGUGCAAGCACCACUUGUGUCUGGAAAACUAGGAGAGCCACACAAAAGCAUGAGAGUGCUCCUGUUGUGUGCUCACCUGUGGGGGAAGGAGAGGCCAGUGCUCAAGAAGCAGCUGUGCCAGAGGCUGUCCCCCACUGUGGCGACGGGGAGUGGAAAGUGGUAGUAUCGAGGAGGAGGCGGAAGGCUGCAGCACUGCACAAGCAAGAAUGGAGCUGUGACCUGGCUGCAGACAGGAAAGGCAAAGUUCUUGCUGUGACAGCUGCCAAGUUCUUGAAGUUCGCUUCACCUUUGAAAGCAGUUGUAAGCCAGAAACAGACAUGCAUUGACAGUAUAAAGUCUGAGUCUGCUCCUUCUGCUGUCUCUGGUAGCAAGCUUGAAGGACAAGCCAGUGCCCCUCAUGACGCCAUUUGUGAUAGUUUUGGCAAGGUGCAGCAUGUGGCUAGCAGGCAGAAUAAAGACUGCUUGGUAGUUGCUAUGGCUGAGUGCAGACCUGUCAUAAAUGGUGUUCCAAAUGAGGUCAUUGUCUGCAAAUGCUGUAGGUCAGAAACAAUGCAAGAUGGAGGGCAGAUGACGAGCAAUCCUGGCACAGAGGCUGGUGACCUUGACAAAGCUGCGUGCAUUGCUCCCACGCGACGUAGGUGUUGUGAGGCUGCUUUGACAUCCAGCUGCAGGCCUGCCAGCUCUGAUGCCCAGGCUGUUUGUGAAGGAGCUGGUGCUAACACAACCAGAGUUCCUAACACUGUCACUUUAUUGCAUGGUGGAGGCAGCAAAGUUUAUUUAAAUGCAACAUUUGAUAAUUUUAUUUCUUUUAGGCAAAGCUUUGAUGAAUGGUGCAGGGAGGGCAAGCACAUAGUCACAAUAAGUAGGUCUCAUAGAAGUCCAUUUGCAACAGAAUCUAAAGAGUUUGAGUAUAUUAGGAUUUCAUAUAGCUGUGUUCAUGGUCGUGCUAUAAAACCAAGAGGCACAGGAAAGCGACCCAAGCAAGCAUACAAUGGUACUGGUUGUGAAAUGGCAGUUUCAGUAAGCCUGUGCAAAUCACCUACUCUUCACUACAAAAUAACCAAGCUGCAAGCUAAGCAUAAUCACGCCACGAAGUAUUAUGACUUGUAUCCUCAAAGCAGGCUUCUAAACGAUGCAGAGAAGGUAGAAUUCUUUGAUUUUGCCAAAUGUAAUAUUGGCCCAAAGUAUUUUAAAAGUUUGGUCGAACAGAAAACGGGCAAGAAAUUAACUACAAAAGAUGUUAACAAUUACAAGCAAAGGUUUUCUAUUCCUAUUCGCAAUGAGCAGGCUCACGGAGAAAUGGUCUUGGAAAAAAUAGACACCUUGUUAGCAAAUAAUCCAAACUGGGUCAUUCACUAUGAAAAGAAUCAAAGUAAUAACCUGCAAUUUGUGCUACUUCAGACAACGCACAUGCGUGAGAUUUUGGAAAAGUACCCAGAGAUUUUAUUUAUUGAUGGAACAUAUAAAGUAAACAUUGAAGGCUAUAUCUUGUACUCUAUAUUGGUUGAAGAUGGUGGAGGCCGCGGGAGACCUGUGUGUUAUGCCUUUUUGCGGAAUGAAACGACUGAAAUUGUGCAGGCUAUGUUUGCCAAGUUUGCAGAGUUUAACCCGUUCAUUGUAUCUGCUUGCAGAGUAGUCAUGAUAGAUAAAGACAUGAACGAGCUACGCAUUUUGACUAAGAUUCUUCCUAAUUCUGAAAUUUUGUUGUGUACAUGGCAUGUGCUGCAAUGCUUUCAGCAAAAAGUCAAUGAGAAAGCUAGACUGCAGCGUGAUCAGUUACUCCCUCUGUUAAAAAAAAUUGUUUAUUCCUUCACUGUGCAGGACUACUUAGACAGGCUUGCUGAGCUCGAAGCUAUGGCGCCUAAAGAUUUUAUUUCUUAUUACAUGCAGAACUGGCACUCCUGUAAAGAAAUGUGGGUACAUGCAUAUCGGCAGAAACUUCCUACAUUUGGUAAUAACACGAAUAAUCGCAUUGAGUGUCACAAUCAAAAGAUUAAAAGUUAUCUCACUUCAAGCAUGCAUUUGGUUCAAGCCAUAGAAGCAUUAGUAAGUUAUAUUGAGAAGGAUUUCUUAUCUCUAAAAUUUUCCAAGUUUAAGGAAAUGAAGCUGAACUUAAAUGUAAAUGAUGUCAGUGAGCCAUUUCAACUAGACUUGGCCCGUAAUUGCACUUCUGAGGCCACAAGUAAAGUACUUGAGCAGUAUAAACAGUUUAAAGAAGUAGGUUAUUUGGUUACUUCCACUGCUAAUUCUUAUGUAGUGGCUUCAGCAAGUUCUGAGCACAGUGUUUCAUUAUGCCUGACGCGUUGCAUGUGUGCUUUUUAUAAUCAGUACAGUUUGCCUUGUGCACACAUUAUAGCAGCUCGCCAUUUUGCCCAGCAAGACCUUUUUGACAAAGCAUGCAUACCGGACAGGUGGUGUAAGGAUCAUUUCCUGAGUGACAGCUGCAUGGUCUCAAGUGCCACACCAGUGGUGACAAGCAGCAUUCAGCUGCUGCCAUCUGUGAAGCUCGACACUGCUCAAGAAAAGUAUUCUUACACCUACAAGAGGCUUUGUGAAAUGUCCAAGACUGUGGCUAAUGUAUUAUCUAAUUGUGGUGAGAAGGAGCUAAUGGAAAAACUUGCAUCAUGCGAGGCAUUCUUCAGAAACUUAACCACCUUUCCUAGUAAUCAAAUUACAGUUAGCUUACAAGGUACACCAGCUCCAUUACCCCAAUCGACUGCUACAAGCAGUUGCAGGCAUUCGAAUAGUACAAAACUUGUUGUACCUUUGGUAAAAGCAAGAAGAGGACGGCCAAAGAAAGUCAAAGCUGUUAAGCGUAAGUUUUUGCCAUCGCAAAAGCAAAUGGUAAGCCUUGCAAUGGUGACAGCAGACAUGUUAAAUGUCUGCAAACGCUACUCUCUUUCAGAUGCCGAUUUAAAUGCCUUAGUACAGGGCACCUCAAUAUCAGACAGCGUGAUUAACGUAGCACAAUACUUGAUUCAUCAAAAGUUUCCUCACUGGGAUGGCUUUCAAGAUGUGCUACUUGGCCAUCGUUUACUAUUUACUAAAGUAGAAAGCCUUUUUAUUCAAAUCUUGCAUGUCCGAAAUCCCGAUCACUGGCUUACGGUAACCAAUGUUGAGGCUGAUGAAAACACAGUCUUUGUAUAUGACUCAAUUGACCAAGGUACUCCUUCUGAUGCCGUCAGGCAAAUCUGUCACAUGCUAAAAUUGCAGUCACCAACGCUGACCAUUUGCACUAAAGGGGCACAAAACCAGUGCAACACGCUUGACUGUGGCUUGUUUGCAAUUGCAAAUAUGUAUUAUUUAGCAUCAGAUAGGAGACCAGAAAAUUUAAACCUUAGUCAGAGUAUGCUGCGCAGACAUUUGCUGAAAUGCAUACAAAAAGGCAACAUGGAAGAUUUUCCACUCACAAGCUCCCCCACUACUCGUGUGCGGCCAAAAGAUUGUAUUUAUGAGUUGCAUUGUGUAUGCAGGCAACCGCUGUAUGGCAGAAAAGUACUGGACAUUUCUUGUGCAUACUGUUCAAAAACCUUUCACAGGGAAUGCCUUCGCCUUUUACCAGAUGAUAUGGAUAAAAAAAUAAUUGUGUGCUCUAACUCAUGUUUGGCUAGUGCCAAGGAAAAAAUCCACACUUGUAGUACGUAGCAUUUUUCUCUUUGUACGGCUUUAGCCAAACCUGACUAUAACAAACCAGCAUAAAGUGAAUUAUCCUGUAUAUUGUACACACAAAACUUCCUGACUGAUACUCAUGCAAAACACUCACUUGUAACAGAAGCCUUUUUUUUUCGAACUUUUUUUUUAAAUAGUGCCUAAAUGUUAGAAUACUUGGAAACAUACCAGCAGUGUACUUCAAGCAAGCUCCUAUCGAGUCUCUAUUUUGAGUGACUGGCAAACUGUUUAAGGCUAAAGAUUGCUGUCUACUAUGCAUGGUUUUGUUUACAAAAAUGCAGGUAACUCUGACUUAAUUUUUCCACUGAGGACAACAAAUUCAUAUAGGACAAACACAAUACAAAAGUUUGUUUCCUUUCGUUAUAGGCGCAUUUGGAUUUAAAGAAUUACCUGAUAUAAUGAACCUAUUUUUAGUGCAUAGGCCAGUUUGUUAUUAUCGGGUUUCAGUGUAUCUACAAGCUACCAGUAAACACUGACACAAACCGGUGAUGUGAAACUUUUGUUGUUCCAGAGCCCCGUUAGCAAUAUGCCUGUAUACUUCGAUGCUGUUAAGAGGUUUAUUUGUUCAUUAUCAAUGCAUUAACUUAGAUCCAUUAGCAGCUGUGCAACUGCUUUAUGGUUACCUGCGGCAUCGGGAUUGCUUAGGCCCAACCACAAGGAACAAGUUUACAACAUAUUUUUGGCCGGCUAUUUGAUUUGAUGUGGGCACAAUUCAGCAUCUAGAGCAUCAACCCCAGCAUCUCAUCGUUCUUGACGAUGGCAGCUGGCGUCAACAAUCCGUCAGGAAUGUGUUUCUUGUGGUUGAAGCUUUAAUGUGGGCAGGUUCACUUUGUAUUAUUCAAUUUGAAAACCUGAUCAAUCUGCUUCUAAGUAGUAGCAAGUAUUUUGGAUAUUCAACUGUGUUACAAAAUUUGCUUGCCAUCGGUCUGGUACUGCUUUAGCAACCGAAAUCUGUACUGACAUUGCCCCAUUACCUUCCCGUUGCCGCAAGUCUCUCGGCGGAGCCUGACCGCUACAGAGCGCGUUCUCGGGUGGCGGAUAGAGAAAACUCUUGUCAGGAAGCUGCGCUAAGCAGCUUCAUGCAAGACAGGCACUUGUGCCCGCGGACCAACAGGCUAAGAAAAUCCUCAACAGCAGCACUCAGGUUGUCACAGUGACAUGUUCAUCUGAGAGUGCAAGUUGCAGAUUCUUUUUAAUCCUUUGUACUUCACCUGCGUUUUUUUCCCUCUUGUACAGGUCCACUGAUGUACCAGCUGCAUGCAUUCACACUACCAUCAAGUCAUCAGGAGCGUCUGUACCUCUAUCUAAAUAUUACACUAUUGUCUAAGGUGGAAAAUCAGACUUGUAUAUUUUGCUGUAAUGGUUCUGCCAAUAAAAGAUUGAUUAUACAUA